CCAGGAGAGCAGGAUUAGAGGGUACCAGUUGUCUCCAGCAGUGGAGGAUUCCGUUCUUGCUCUGGCCAAUCAAAGAGCAGAAAGUGGUUAUGCAGUGUUCUGGAAUAUUGCACUCGCUUUGCCUCCAGCCUUCUAUCGCCCUUUCAUGAUUCUUGACCAACUGGAAAAGAAAACGAGCAAGAAGUUGAGCAGCAGAGCACUGAACGACAGAGUAACAGUGUCACAGGAGAAGAUGUCUGAGAGCAGAUCUGAAGUAAGUAUCAAAUUGGGCGGAAAAUCAAAGAAGGUGCAGGAUGCCACAGAUCUACAGAUCGUGAGACCAGGUGAAUAUGUUAUCAUGGUGAAGGACGUGACAAGUCCACCUUUCCUGGGUCGUACUCUCUCGCCCGCUUUCAUUCUCUUGAAGGUUAUACCACGGAAAGCGAACAAAAAGGGCAGCAGAAAGGAGCUUCAUAAGGUGCCCAACAAGUAACGAGAUUCCUGAAGAACAUUGCAUCUGUGGAAAUUUAGGCAAUAGCAUCCAUGUAUUAUUUUUGCCCUGCACCCCUUUGAUCUACCAAAGACCCUACUUCUUUGAUCUUUCCUUUCUCCACUCCCUUCUCCCUUGAUACCGUCACUCAGGGUGACAGCUUGAAACACUAUUUCAUGUCACACUCUCAUAGCCAGAAGAGCGAAGAGACUCUCAUCCCAUUAGUCUGGGUCAGAGUUGAGUCCAGUUCUGAGAAGUGAAAGGGAAUGCGCUAAACCACAGUAAACGCCCAGUCCCAAAAUAGUCGACUCUAUAAAUGGGACCAACAAGCACACAGAAAGAAAAGUCCCUGCUGUAAGCGGAGGUGUCAUUUCAGAACAGAUUUGUACCAGAAAAGAUUAGCGUUUUCUUUUAAUAUUCUGUUUACUUCAGUUAAUUAAGAUAUAAAUAUAAAUUUUAAAAUCUCUAUUUAAUAAACCAUGUGUGAAUGUUUUCACUUCCCUUAAAGCUGCAAGAGCCUGUAAGCAUCAAAUGCAGCUGGUGGUGGGAAAGUCUUUCUGUCUCGUCGAGAGGAUAAGCUAAACAGGAUGGUCGGAUCUGAGGAAAGAUUCGGCAGAAAACAGUUUCUGAAAAACAACUUCAGUAAUGUAUCUAAACUGACCUGUUUGACCAUUCAAAUUACAGCUUCUCCGACAUUUUAGUCAGUGUGUAAAUAUGCCAUGCACAAUAGGUUCACUCCUUGGUUAAUGCCGAGUUAGCAGGUUUCAACUGGACUGCUAAUCGUGGAGCUAUCAUUUGCAUCACUGGCCCAGGCAGAAUGGAACAAAGCCACCCCACUCCUGACCACUAUCCAAUGACUAUAGACACGAGGUGAGGAUAGGAGUAAGCCUGCCUGUGAUUCACCCACAAUCAAAUGCCCUGCCUCUUAAGAAUUAUUACUCAGUUAAGGUACCAGAUUAGCCUCCAAACUGUAACACUUCCUUUUUACAGAGAAGUGCAGCGCUAUGUGGAAAGAGUAGGCGAGUCAGCAAAGUCAGCACAGGCAAUGAUGGCCUGAAUGUAUGAUUAUAUAAAGUGGGAAAAAUUAAGGGAGAUUUUAAAAAUAAUCACAGUGCAAUCAUUUUCCUGUUAAAGAUCCAUGUUGAGAGCCAUUUGUGACAGGAUUGGUGAAGUCUUGUUUCACCAAUGACUUUUUUUUUGGCCUCUGGUGUUUCUUGACCCCUCCUUUUUUCUCUCUCCCUCUUUUUUAUUUGCUUUUCUUCUCUCCAUCCCCAAAUUCUCAUCCCAGCACUUGUAAUUUUUGCUUGUAGAUUUUCAGCUAGCUGAAUGACCUGUUUUAUUUCUAUUUACCAUGGCUAUUGUAUGGACAAGCCUGAUCCCAGGGUGGGACCCAGCUUGAUAGAUCCUAAUUUUUAACUUUUGUUUAGAUACGUGGAAAGUGGCUACUGAACAGAUUCACAGAAAUCAGCU